UUGAAAGAGAUAGGCCUGUCCAUCCAGAUUUCUCCAUCUCUAACCCACUCCUCAAUCUCACUUUCUCACGACUUUCGGGUCUGUCCGAUUGGUUAUCGAGGGUUUAUUCUCAUUAACGUGAUCCAUACCUGCUCCUCCGAGCUUUUUCCAGCUCCGAACCAUUCCGCCAUUCACCAGUGAUGUCCAAGAAACGACCGACCGAAACGGGGCUACGGGUGUUACACCAGCAGGCUGUGGCUUCACCAGGCAACAUGGAUUGCCUUGCUCGUUUCUCACCGGAUUGUGCUGAAAUAGAAUACAGCUAAUUUGGGUAAAACACAGCGUGAAGAGAUGUCGGUACCGUUGCUGAAGAUCGGUGUGGUGCUGAGCACCAUGGCGAUGAUCACUAACUGGAUGUCGCAGACGCUGCCGUCGCUGGUGGGGCUCAACACCACCAAGAUCACCGCGGAGAGGGCAGGCUACCCGGACAGGAGCACCGGAGUGUUGCCAGCGAACCCAGAGGAGUCGUGGCAGGUGUACAGUUCAGCCCAGGACAGUGAGGGGAGGUGUGUGUGCACCGUGGUGGCACCACAGCAGUCCAUGUGUUCACGAGAUGCCCGCACCAAACAGUUGAGGCAACUGCUAGAGAAGGUCCAGAACAUGACCCAGUCAAUCCAGGUGCUGGACCAGCGGACACAGAGAGACCUGCAGUACGUGGAGAAAAUGGAGGUGCAGCUGAGAGGUCUGGAGACCAAGUUCAGACAGGUGGAGGAGAACCACAAGCAGAACAUUGCCAAGCAAUACAAGGCCAUAAAAGCGAAAAUGGAGGAGCUUAGGCCGUUGAUACCAGUGUUGGAGGAGUACAAGGCCGAUGCCAAAUUGGUAUUGCAGUUUAAGGAAGAAGUCCAGAAUCUGACGUCAGUUCUAAGCGAGCUCCAGGAGGAGAUGGGAGCCUAUGACUACGAGGAACUCCACACCAGAGUGUCAAAUCUUGAGGAGAGACUCCGAGCAUGCAUGCAAAAAUUAGCAUGUGGGAAGUUGACGGGCAUCAGCGAUCCUGUCACCAUCAAGACGUCUGGAUCCAGGUUCGGAUCCUGGAUGACCGACCCUGCAGCACCGGAGGGAGAUACACGGGUGUGGUACAUGGAUGGUUACCACAACAACCGCUUUGUGCGGGAGUACAAGUCCAUGGCGGACUUCAUGACGACGGACAACUUCACGUCUCACCGUCUCCCCCACCCAUGGUCCGGUACAGGUCAGGUGGUCUACAACGGCUCCAUCUACUUCAACAAGUUCCAGAGCCACGUCAUCAUCAAGUUCGACUUCAAAACCUCCACCAUCAGCAAGUCCCGGCAGCUGGACAAUGCCGGCUACAACAACAUGUAUCACUACGCCUGGGGCGGCCACUCCGACAUCGACCUCAUGGUGGACGAGGGCGGGCUGUGGGCCGUCUACGCCACCAACCAGAACGCAGGGAACAUCGUGAUCAGCAAGCUGAAUCCCAGCACGCUGCAGAUCAUCAAGAGCUGGACCACCAACCACCCCAAGAGGAGCGCCGGCGAAGCCUUCAUGAUCUGCGGUACUCUCUAUGUCACCAACGGCUACUCUGGAGGGACCAAGGUGUACUACGCCUACAGCACUAACUCCUCCACGUACGAGUACAUAGACAUCGCCUUCCAGAACAAGUACUCCCAUAUCUCCAUGCUUGACUACAACCCUCGGGACCGUGCGCUCUACGCCUGGAACAACGGACACCAGGUUCUGUACAACGUCACACUGUUCCACGUCAUCAGCUCACAGGAACUGUAACCACAGAGGCAGGACUAUAUACAACAUAAUAUAUCCACACAAUAGAAAGAGAGAGAUCAUCCUAUAUAUGAACAUAUAUCUAUGAGAGACUUUAUGGAAAGAGUAUCAUAUAUAGUAUAUCGUAAGACUGUACUACGAGAGAUUCGAUUAAACAUGACUGGAACUGCAACGUAGAUGAAUGUGCUAUAGUCUAUUGGAAUUAAAAAGAUAACUGUUUGCUAAAAAGGAAAGGAACAUGAUACAUCUAGAGUUCAAAAUGAUAUAUUGGACUGGAAAGAACAGAUGCCAAAUAAACAUCACGCCUUUUUUAAUAAUGAAUAGUAACUAUCGUAGAAGAUUGUCUUUGUGGCUCUGUGUCUGUCUCUGGAUGUACUGUACCUCCUUCCUCCUUCCUGGACUUAUCUCAGGGUCAGGGAGGUCCUAGCAAUGGACUAUGGGAUUGGUUAUUAACUGUUUGCCAACCAGGACCCCCUGGCCCCUCAGACAGAGAGGGAGAACCUCGCCCCUCGAACAGAUAAGGGGAAAACAGAGGAGAACCUGGUCAAAUGGUUAGAACUAGGACAUUAUUUGGAGAACUGUGGGAAGAACCAGGAUAUUAUGUCCAGAAGACCACUGAGCCUAUGACCACAGUCUGUCACACACACUUUUAUCCAUUCAGUAGCAAAUAAAGAAGUCUGUAAACAAGUAAACAACAACAACAUCAACAUCCAUGAGAAGACCUGGGCCUGUAUUCACCAAGAGUCUCGGAGUAGGAGUGCUGAUCUAGGAUCAGGUCCCCUCUCUUAUGCGUCAUGUUUGAAGGGCAAAUCUGAUCCGAAAUCAGCACUCACUUUUUGAAUACAGUCCCUGAAAGCACUGACUGCUGGGGCGAACUGUUGUAUUGUACAAGAAGAAGGCCGGGAUUCAAUCAGAGCCGUGUAGUAACGCACUUGACAUUUAAAGGUAAAUUGAUUGAGCCAACAUCUGCAGCGUUUACGUAGACGCAAUCGCCGCGAACUUUGCCUUUAAACGCCGAAUUGUCGACUGCGCUAAGACGCGCCUAUUGGAUUGAAUCCCGUUUGAAGACUCUCCUGUGUUUGUGACUCCGUGUGAAACAGCCUUGAUUUGCAUGCGUGUUUUUUUUUACCAUU